GGAUCAGCUAGCGAGACCACGUUGGUGUGUCUGUUAGCAGCCAAAGAAGAAACAACGCGUCGUGUGAAGCGUAGUCAUCCUGACUGGGAGGAGAAUUUUAUCAAAACCAAAUUAGUCGCAUACACGUCUGACCAGUCGAAUUCCUCCGUGGAGAAGGGAGGGAUGUUAGCAUCGAUUCCUAUGAAACUGCUGGCUACCGAUGAGAAAUGCGUUCUCCGAGGUGACACGUUAUUAAAAGCGAUCAAAGCGGAUCUCGAGAAAGGUUUGAUACCGUGUUGUGUCGUGGCUACUUUAGGUACGACAGGCACAUGCGCCUUUGACAAUCUUCAAGAAUUGGGACCAAUUUGCAAUGAGUACAAUAUAUGGUUGCACGUCGACGCUGCGUAUGCAGGCGCUGCUUUUAUUUGUCCGGAGUAUCGGUAUUUAAUGUCAGGCGUUGAAUACUGUGAUUCUUUUAACAUGAACGCUCACAAAUGGCUACUUGUCAAUUUCGAUUGUUCAGCUUUGUGGUAUGUACGAGAGAAAUAAUACG